AUUACAACAUUGGUGUUUUCCAGGGGUGCCCCUUGUCCCCGGUCCUUUUCAAUAUUUGUUUCCAGCUUCUGCUGGACUCACUUGCAGCCCCUGAAUUAAGUUGCCUCUCCUAUGAUUUUAAAUCUGCCCCUUUGCAAGUGUCCCAAACAGCUUUUGCUGAUGACUUAGGCCUCUAUAGCAAAUCUAGUGCAGGUUGUCAAAAACUCAUUGCGGUCACGGAGGACUUUCUCUCGUGGACCCAAUGUAUGCAGGCGGCGCCGCACAAAUGCAAAAGCAGUGCAGCAAAGCUUGUAGAUGGCCGGUACAAACCUUACGAUCCCUGCCUGACAAUGUCAGGGAGGAAGAUCGCUUUCAUUGACACUGCAGAGUUCAAGUUCCUGGGGCGAAGGCUGCAUGCUGAUUGCUCUGAGCAGACCCAGCGGGAAGACAUCCGUCAACUCACUGUAUCUCUCAUGCAAAAAGUAGAUGGCUCUUGGCUUCAAGACCACCACAAGCUAUGGCUUUACCACCAUCUUGUAGUGCCCAAGCUUUCUUGGUCUUUCCAGGUUCUUGAACUCACACAAGGUUUUGUACGUGAACUGCACUUUAUGUGUUUACCAUUUCUGAAGAAAUGGUCAGGCCUACCUCGAUGCGCAAACUCUGCCAUUCUUUUUAUUGGCAGUCGCAAACGCUUUGGCUUACGCCUCCACUACCUUCCUACGGUGUGGAAAAAGUGCCAGUCCAUCAAAUGGCACAUUCUUCGAUCGAGUGGGGACGCGCGCAUGAGGGCGCUGUACACUCUGCGUCGGAGUAAGGAUGCGAAGCUGACAAAGCGAUAUGCGGCGACAAUAGAGCUGGAGUGUGCAGAGGCAUCAGUAGGUUCAGGGACUCUCCGUCCACCGUCAUCUUCAAGUCAUCGUGCAGGGUUGGGUGCUCGUGCUCCGAAGCAGCAUUCCAAACCCCCGAGGAAGGAUCUCCUUCAAACAUUUGAGGAGAUCAACGCGCAGGAGCAGAUUUUGAGGCUGAAGACUCUUCAGGUGCAAGGCAAGUGGUUGGAGUGGACAUCGGUGAUGUGGCAGGACCUCUCGUGGAAAUCCCUUUUGUACGGUGGUACUGGUAAGGAUUUGAAAUUUCUUCUCGCAUCAACCCUCGACGUGCUACCUUCUCCAACGAACCUACGCCGUUGGGGAAACACCGUAGUGGAUCCAUACUGUAGUUUGUGCCGUACCUGGGCCUGUACUACGCGCCACGUGCUUGGCGCUUGUCGCGUAGCGCUGGACCAGGGACGUUACACCUGGAGGCACGACAACGUACUCGGGGUCAUCGUCAGGAACAUGCGUGAGGAGAUUCGAAUCCGCACUGCUGCAAACACCGUACAAACCGGAAAUUCAAAUGAGCUUGACUUCAUCUCGUUUUGCAAGGCGGGAGAGAAGCCAGUUCGCGUUCAGCCCAGACGAAAGUUGGUUACGACUGAUCUCCUGUCAGCGGCCUCAGACUGGAAACUUCUUGUCGACUCAGUUAGUGCAAAGAUUUCUUUCCCUAGCUGUGUUGCACUUACCACCCUCAGACCAGAUAUAGUUCUGUACUCUACGAGUCGUAGGAUUGUAUUCUGGAUGGAGUUGACAGUUUGUGCUGAGGACAGAUUCAGUGUCAGUAACUCGCGGAAGGACAGGCGGUAUGCGGAUCUGGCCGAUCAAUGCCGAGCAAACGGGUGGCAGGUCGUUUCUUUUUCGGUUGAGUAAGACGUCUCUGCGAAGCAGCUACAUCAUCUGGUUGCGGCGUCAACAAAAACACUGGUCGGAAGAUCCACUUUUCUGAGGUACUGUAUGUGGGGCUCCGUUUAUUGAGGUGCGUUGAAAUUUAUUCUCUUUAUCUUAUUAUUUCUUUUCUAUAAUUUCCCCAUAUGAG